AUGUCCCGGCACCAGGAGCUGCCAAAUUACUCAAUCUUCAACGAUUGUGGGUUUUCCGUAAAUUGUGACCACGUCCUCACCUGCUUCGGCUGCCGCCCUCAGGGCGGCGAGAACGACCUCAACCACCUCAGCCUCGUCUUCCUCCAGGUCAUCGGGCAGUUCGCCGCCAACCUAGAAAAGCCUCUCCCGCCGCCCGCUGUUAAGCAACCACCCAACCAUCGGAUAGUCGUUCCGACUUCGGCGGCACCAGCUACACGGCCGCGGGGCCCGGCAUCCCGGGCAGCGCGUGCCACACCAUCCCCAAGGGGCACCGGUACCGCGCCGCGCCAAUCACCUAAUUACUACGCCUACGACCGGCAGACCAACCCCACCACGCGAUGCACCCUGCAGUUGUUUGAAGGCUUCGACUGUGAUGGCAUGAUUGGGCCGUCGUUUAGUUCUGAUGCUAAGAAGGCGCUGUAG